CAGAAAGCGAGUUGAGGGUUGAUAUACGGGGGCUGAGGACCAGUUGCUGCAUCUCAUCAUCAGCAGACCAGCUGCAGAGCAGGAGGCAGCAGCAGCAGCAGCAGUAACCAACAAGACCCUGAACGCAUCCUUCCAGACAUGGGUUGCUAUGACUGCUGUAUGCGCUGUUUGGGCGGAGUGCCUUACUGCUCCCUGGUCGCCACACUGCUGUGUUUCUCUGGCAUUGCCCUCUUCUGCGGUUGCGGGCACCAGGCACUCACAGAGACAGAGAGACUCAUCGAGAACUACUUUGCUCGUAACCUUCAGGACUACAUCACCCUCGCCUACAUCAUCCAAUAUUUCCAGUAUGUCAUCUACGGUUUGGCCUCCUUUUUCUUCCUCUACUGCAUCGUGCUGUUGGCUGAGGGCUUCUACACCACGAGCGCUGCCAAGCAAACCUUUGGAGAGUUCAGGAGCACCAUGUGUGGCCGCUGCCUUAGCUCCUCGUUUAUAGUGAUGACAUACGUACUAGCUGUGCUGUGGCUGUUGGUGUUUGCCUUCUCGGCCCUGCCCGUCUACUUCUUCUACAACAUGGAUGCCACCUGCCACACUAUUGAUGUUCUGACUGAGACCCCGGCGAGUAUCAACCAGCUCUGUGUUGAUGCAAGGCAAUACGGGCUCCUGCCGUGGAAUGCAGUGCCAGGGAAAGCGUGUGGUAUGACUCUGUCCACUGUUUGCAAGACCAGAGAGUACCGAAUGACCUAUGACCUCUACAUUGCUGCCUUCGCCGGUGCGGGCAUCACUCUCUUGGCUCUGCUGACCUAUACUGUGUCGACCACCUAUAACUUUGCUGUUCUUCGGUAUAUGGGGAGAAAGGGCAUAAGUGCACGGUGUUAGGCUCACCAGCUUCCUGUCUGCUCUAUCACUACUUCACCACCAACACGGGGACGGCAACAAUUCUCUCCUUCAAACAUCAUCUGCACUGAACCACCUGUGGCCACGGACUCCUAAAAAUGAUGUCUUUAUAUUCGUACUUUUCUUGUUGGGAAGACUUAUUUUUUUUAUGUGUGAGGUUUGUCUGCUGCUUUUACAAUGCAGUAAGUCUUAUUUCAAUAUUUCCUAUGCCAUGUCACCAAAAUAUUUGUAAAUUAUUGCUCUUGUUGCUUGCUGAGGUUAGUGACUAAAAUUAAUUUCUGCUUCCUGUUGCACUCAAAAUACAAAUAACACACCACUAAUAAAUUAAUAAAUAACCACCAAUUUGUGACACAUGUGCUGCUAGAAUGCAGCUGUUGCAGAGAAUAGAGAUUAUAGGUUACCAUGACUACCAUCCUUCACAUCUGGUUGCCAUGGUGGCAGACAAGCACGCAUUUGCAGUCUCACGCUGACCUCAGGACUUUUCUCACGGGCUGGAGAAAAGACCUCAACAAUGGAGUCACGCCUGUUUUUAAAAGCUAGCCAAUAAGGAGCCCGUUGUGGGGGCCACCUGCGCUACGAGUCUCUGCCAGGGGUUAGAUUACAUGUCAAGGGAGAGGGUCCUCCAGACAAAGAGGGGGUUAGACCUCUAAAGCAUCAAUGCAGCUCUUCUGGGACAGCAACCACACACACAACACCGUCCACAUGCUGCUGCAUGACCCCCACUGCCCUCCGAAUAAUUGAAGUGAUGGAUUCAGAGUGAAGGAAUUUUAGAUGAUUUUGAAUAGUUUCUUUCUGACAAAGGGACAUAUUGUUUAGUUCUGAUCUAGAAAGGUCUGAAAUUGUUUCUCAUAAUUAUGAGAUGGCAAAAGCACUAGGUGCUAACUUAUCAAGUGACCUCAUAUUAUUAGACCUAAAACACAUUGUUGAGGUGUGACUCCCCCCUGCUGUUAAUGCAUGACUGAGGUACUUUUAUAGAGAUAGGACAGCUUUGUUUUGUCUCUAAUUCUUUUUAGGAAUUUUGUUGUAGUUAUUGUAUAACAUCUUUUUACUUACUGUAGCUGAAUUAACUACUACUUUUACACUUUGGGUAUUACUAACAAAACCUUUUGCUGCUUAAUAAGUAGAUUAUUCCACUUGUUGUAUGAGCUUUACCCAGCUGUGAGUGGUGGAUUUGUCAAAUGGCAGCUGGCUGUUUGAUGAUUAUUUUUUUUGUGUUGGUAAAAUUUGAUAAUAAAAAGAAUAUUCUUUGAAGUAUUUGUGCAGA